GAUAUUAAUGUCACCACACUGGCCAGACUGUUUCGGGCAACACAGCGGCAUUACUGCGCUGGCAAAAAUAUUUGAAGCAAAAAAAAAAAACACAAUUAAGAGGCGACAUUAAUAGGCAUCGACAGGCGAUGGAGGUUUGCCGUUAGGGAUUUGGGGGACUCUGUCGGAAUUUCGCCAAAAUUACGACGGGAAUCAAGUACAGCUCCCUGUCUCCCGGCAACGGGAGAGAUCACCGGUCGCUCGUGAUGUCUCGUGCCAAGGAGCGGCUGAAAGGCGCGAAUGAGACCAAGGACAGCGUCACUCUGCUCCCGUGCUUUUAUUUUGUAGAGCUUCCUAUCCUGGCAUCCUCUGUUGUCAGUCUGUAUUUCCUGGAGCUGACAGAUAUAUUCCAGCCGGUGCAUUCUGGGUACAGUUGUAAUGACCGUAGUCUGUCUCUGCCCUACAUCCUGCCCAGACAGGAAGUCUGCCCACUGCCUCUGCUCUUCAGCUUGGCCUUCGCUGCUCCCGCCGUCACUAUUCUUAUAGGAGAGGCCAUUCUGUACUGCUAUCUAUCCAGGAGGUCAUCAGCCACACAGACUGAGGCUAACAUCAACGCUGCAGGCUGUAAUUUCAACUCGUACAUCCGCAGGGCUGUGCGCUUCAUAGGUGUCCAUAUCUUUGGCCUGUGUGUGACAGCACUGAUAACAGAUAUUCUCCAGCUGUCCACUGGUCAACACACCCCCUACUGGUUGGAUGUGUGUAAACCCAACUUGACCCAUAUUAACAUGUCAACUUGUGAUGAAGCUUUUAUUUUGGAGGAUAUCUGCUCUGGACAAGACCCUGGGAUCAUCAAUGCGGGGAGGAAGUCUUUUCCCUCCCAGCAUGCAACUCUGGCUGCCUUUGCUGCUGUCUACAUCUCAAUGUACUUCAACACGGUGCUGACAGACUCUGCCAAACUGCUGAAGCCUCUCCUGGUGUUCUCUUUCGUCAUGUUGGCCAUCCUGGCUGGGCUAACCAGGAUCAUACAGUUCAGAAACCAUCCUGUCGAUGUCUACUGCGGAUGGUUACUGGGAGCUGCAAUCGCCGUUUAUCUGGGUGUGUAUGCAGUGGGGAAUUUCCAGCCCAGCGAGGAUCGAUCAAGAAGUCGAGCACCUACCCCCACCCUGAGAGAGCCCCCCCUCUCCUCCCUACCCAAUGUCAGCCAAUCAACAAUUAGCAACAGCCACCAAGGUCACCACACCCUCGCUCCCAGCCAACCAGAGCCCAUCAUCACCAGGACCUCUUCCCACACUCUGUCCCUCAACCAAUCAGAGCCCAUGCUGACGCGCAGCGCCUCCUACCGGGAACCAUCUCUGUCCAAUCUGAAGAGAGCCAGCGCUGAGGUGGAGGUGAUAACUCCAUCCAGUCCCCUCGGCAACCAUGACAACAUGAUGACUUUCAGCAGCAGCACGCUGCCAAGGUCCCACGGAGGCUCCUCAGUAGAGGAGGGUCGCAUUCCACGCCGUCACGCCUCCAUCCACACAUCAAUGGACUCAACACGAUCAAAACAGCUGCUCAGCCAAUGGAAGAAUAAAAACGACAACAGGAAGCUAUCCCUGCAGGUGAUGGAUGGGAUAAGACCAGCCACCUCCUCUUCUCCUCAGAGGAACAUGGAACUACGCUGCUCCUCUGAACCUUCUGCCAUGGGCCUUGAGGCAGAGCUCCGUGGAACACACCUGCCUACACUUAUCGCUUGUCAGGAAUCAGAGCUGCGUGCUGGGGCCCACAUCCCAGCUCAGUACAUGAAACUUGCAGCAAGCUCUAUACCUAUGGCCAAUCAUAAUCACAUGACGCAUAACGGCAACACCGGAAUGGUCGGUGGUGCCAGAGUGUCUAUCCAAUCCAGGCCUGGAUCCUCUCAGCUGGUUCACAUUCCUGAGGAGGAAAACCUGACCAGCAAGGAUCAGGAGAGUGAAUCAGAGGACAGCAUUAUGGACGGAGGUGGGUCAGUGAGAGAGAAGUGGCUGAGAGUGGCUGAGAAGACCACCAUCCCCUGCAGGCCCCUCAGUGCUGGAGGACAGCCGCGUCUGAUGCAGGUGAUUGCCUUAUCCAAACAGCAGGGACUACUUCUCUCUCCUCGGUCCGAGGAUGGUGGCAGCACCGUCAGCUGCACUGGAUCCAUUCGGUACCGAGCCCUGACGGACCAGGACCCAUCACCACCGGCCUCCACCACCGGAGCAGUGGGAGGAGGAGGAGGUCUGGAAAGAAGUGGCAGUAUAGUCCGUGUUGAAGCCCACCCAGAGUCCAGAUCAAAUAAACCUGUGGUGAAACCUCCAAGCACCGACGGAAGUGGCUCCUGGCGAUGGAAACCACCAGAUCAACGAGCUUCACUCAGACAGUCAGCUUUUGCCCUCAAUGACCUGAAUAGACACACAGACAGCUGUGAUUCGCUGAAGGAUGGAGGGUCAGUGGAUGGGCGAAGGAGCGUGACUGGAACCGAAUCAGAGAGCGAAGGGGGAGGAGACGGAGGGGGAGGAGGAAUGGGAGGUGGAGGGGGUGGAGGCGGAUACACAAACCAUCCACAUGUUGUACAUCCUUUACAUCCCUUACAUCCCAAUAACCCCAACAACUUCCAGCACCCCAAUUUUAAUCCCAACAAUCCGAAUUUUAACCCCAACAAUCCCAGUUUUAACCCCAACAAUCCCAGUUUUAACCCCAACAAUCCCAAUUUUAACCCCAACAAUCCCAAUUUUAAUAAUGCUCACUUUAACUUCAACCCCAACAUGACCAACUCCAAUAUGCCAUUCACCCCCCCUGCCAUGUUUGCUCCUCCCUUCCACCCCCACCCUCAGGCCAUCACCACCAUCAGGGUCACUCCGGUGGAGGGAACGGCUGCCAGCAGCGAUGGUGGCUCAGACUGCCAGUCGGUCGCAUCAUCCAGCCGUGAGUCCACCCUGAGAAGGAAGAGUGGCUCCGACAUCGUCCACUUCCCUGAUCGAGGGCCCACCCCUGACCUUCAGAAUAACCACCGCCUCAGUGAUGACAGUAACCGCCUUGACAACGAAAGCAGCAAUCGUUUCCACGAAAAUCUUCGAAGUUUUCAAGAAAACCCAAUGCACCCCAUCCACCCCAUGCACCCCAACCACCCCAACAGGCAGCUGCAGGGCAUGUUUGGCCGUCCCAGCCCAACUCCUCCCCCUACUUUACCCCGCCCCAUCCUGACUCACACCCCACCUCCCACUCUGGGGUUGGCCUACAAGGAAUGACACGCUCAGUGUUAAAUUCAUCCAUCUGUAAUUUAAAUGCAUCCUACUUGACUUUUUUCAGUAUUGAUGCUCUUUGAAUUGGGUGAAAUAUAAAAGUAAAUUCAGUUAAAUCUUUUCACCGCCUAGGUUCAGCCCAAAAAUGUGUUAGUCUCACCCACUUCCUCUCAGCUGGCCAUUUAGGGCACAAUAUAGUUGUGUUCACCCAGCAGCCUAGCAGGUUUAGAACCCAACUGAAUAAACGUUCUCUCUUACUUUGAGAUGUACUGUUAGCUUAUAAAAACCUUUUAGCAAGAGGUUCACAAUCCUCUUUGGUUCAAAAGUCAUAGAGAGUACACACUUUGCCCUGCUAACCAUCUCUGGCCAAUACAAAAGCACCAUGGUCAGGGUCAACGUAACAGGGUGA